AUGGCCGCCGCUCCCCCACGACGCUAUAAGCCUACACGCGUUCCCGACGGUCGCCGCAUUCCCAUCGACGACGGAUCAUCGCAGGACGCCAGCGAAGAAGACAACGACGUGUCUGACGUCGGCAGCCUCAUCUCAUUCACUGCGCCCAGCCUUACUCCCUCCGCUUCGAGCUCGCCACGCCUAGGCCUGCCGCGUCAGGCCCCGACCCUCCCUCUGAACGCUAUCCUCCGUCGUACAGGCGAUAAGCGCCAACAGCUGAGCGAGAGCGAAGGUGUUGAGUCCCCUACGUACGACGGCGACAUUGAAUCCUCGUCCACCAUCGGGACGCCCAUUACGUCCAGCUACCCCCACGACACUUUCCGCCGCCCUGCCUCGCCCACGCCGGGGUCCACUACCACAUCGGCCAACCACAUCGGGAGAGCACCCACGCCGCGCGCAAUGGACAACCAUGCGCACGAAAAGGACGGCCGGUGCCACUGCAACCGUGCGCCCAAGGACGUCCCCGUUGCCGAGAGCACCGCCCUCAAGAACCCGUACAAGCACCGUGUCACCCCCGGCAUGAACGCCGGCCCACCGCGCAUGUACGAGCUCCCCAGCGAGCUGGAGGAGCAAGACAUCCGCGCGUUCGUGCAGCGGGCCAUCGACGGGCGUGGGGAGGAGGACGGCGUCGAGCGCUGGUGGCGGACAUCACCGCCGCCCACGGACCGCCCUGUCCGCAUUUACGCUGACGGCGUGUACGACCUGUUCCACUUUGGCCAUGCGAUGCAGCUGCGCCAGGCCAAGCUUUCGUUCCCAAGUGUCCACCUGCUCGCUGGUGUGUGCUCCGACGCACUCUGCGCCGAGAACAAGAGUCCGCCUGCGAUGACGCACGCGGAGCGCGUUGCGGGUGUCCGCCAGUGCCGCUGGAUCGACGAGGUCGUCCCUGACGCGCCGUGGGCGCCAGACCAGGCUUGGAUCGACAAGCACCGCAUCGAUUACAUUGCGCACGACGAGAUUGUGUACCCGUCCAAGGACCAUGACGAUGUGUACGCCUUCAUCAAGGGACAGGGCAAGUUCCUUCCCACUCGCCGCACGCCGGCCAUCUCGACUUCGGAUCUCCUGGAGCGCAUUGUCCGCGGGUACCGCGAGAGCUUCUUCGACACUAAGCUUGAGAAGAACGGGCAGAUCGACCUUCUGGCCUGUGACGUCGAGUGGGACAGCGACUUCAGCUCGAACCGUCGGCAGCAGCGGCGGCUGCGUGCGGGCCUCGAAAGCGCCGACAUCAGCCAGAGCAAUAGCGCCGCGCCGAGCGCGCCCAACUCGGGGCCGGGAACGCCAGUCAAGGCAUUAACGUCUCUGUCGGUCGUCGAAAACGCCUAG